CCAAGACCCCGUCGUACCCUAAUCUGGAAUCAACUCGUCUAAGCGGUGAAAGCGCCCAACUUUAGCCAACAGACUACCAGGAAACCACAACGCACAUUUUUUUUUUUUCUUUUCUCCUUCAAUUGUUCCAGCAGAAACUACGCUGACCUUGACCUUUAGAAAGUUCCAUCUACCCUUCCUGGCGCCACCUGCACAUCCAAGGAAUAGUCCCAAAAGGCCGUCCUCUCCCUGCUUUCUGCAAGUUGUGAGCCCACACGCGACGUGUCCAGCCAGUGGCGCUCUCCUUUCCGUCCAGCCAGUGGCGCUUCCGGAACACUUGCCAGGUCUACAAGUCCCGGAGCGAGUUGCAGCGUCCCGGCCGCACCUCACCACCGACCUAGAGAUGCACCUUUGCUAGGCGGCAGCGCGUAGAGAGACGGUGGCGGGUUGUCGGGGCCGGAGUGCAUCAGGUUCCCGGGAGGAGGCUGGAGCUGGGAGGCGCCCGGGGUGAGACCGUGGCACCCUCAAUAUCAUAAAGGACUCAGACUCCUGCAUUCCCGACAUAAUCAACGACUCAGACGGAUGCGGAAACCGAGAUGGCCUGGAUGGAAAACUCUUUCAAGGAAGACCCCAGAGCCCUGAACGGAAUUCCGGAUAUUUUCUCUACAACUUACUACACCUGCCUUUUCCCACGUUAGUUAAUGGCAACUCCACCCUCCACACGUUCAGGCCAAAAACUGGACGCAGGUCUUUCUCUCACGACCCACAUCCGAUUAACGGCUGUAAGAGAACUCUUCAUGAGAAAAUGUCCCAGCUGAAGGCUGGGAUGCAUCAGCCCUCAGAGAAGAAGGGACCUGCUGAGAAGGAAGUGAGUGAGCAGAAGCCUCAGUCUGAGGAAGCAGAAUUCUCCUCCGUAUCCCGCAGUGGGAAGUAUCAUUCCUUGAUUCAGGAUCAGGCUCGAGAGUUAACCCAUCUACGGCAGAAGAUGAAGCUUGGCAGAGUGGCCUCUGAGCUUCUCAUUCAGCAUGUCAAGAACACAGUAAAGGCCUUUGAGGAGCUACUCCACAGCAAUAACAUUGACCGCUAUAUGGAGCAGCACUUCCGCGAGCAGCUGGCCAAAGGAAGCCAGCUGGCAGAGAGCCUUGCCAGAAAAUUCAGCACGGAUGACUGUACAACUAAGAAGAAUCAAGUAGGACAGGUGCCUUCGACUCUCAGUAUCUUGAGGAAGAUGCAUAAUAUGAGUAAAGUGACAGAAGUCCUAGAGACCAAGCGGGAUGCCCAGUCCCAGACUCAGCCCCAGAUCUGGUGCAACAACCACACCCGGUCUGCCCCACAUCACUCCCUGAGCAGCACGUCUCCACAGCUUGACAAGCAGGAAGUGCGUCCUUCAGUGACUGCAGUCAAUGCCAGCGCUGCCACUUCUGCUCAUUCAGCUGCUUUGCCCAGCAACCAAGGAGCCAGGUCUGCUCAGCCCUUCCAUCCUUCGAGCGGCCCUGGCCAGCUGAGCAGGACACUAGAAGACGGUAGCAGUGGCCCAUGGGAAGAGAUGAGGCCUCAAAAAAUGAAUGCAUCUGGAGACCUAGCCUCCUUCUCCUGUUUGUACCAGCCCAACUCCGAAACCUCUGUACCGGCUGACCUGCUGGAAAAGAAUCUUGCUGAGAUCCAGAAACUGCGCCAGCGCCUGGAGGAGUCUGUCAGCCUCAAUGACCGCCUGAGGGAGAGGCUGGAGCAUGUGCUCAGCAAUGGUGACCAAGGAAAAGGUAGAAAGGCAGAAAGUUUAUGUUUCUGUCCACAUCUAGGGAGUCUCAAAAGGGCAUAUAGCUUCUUGGGGCAGAGUGUUACAGGUGUAAAGCACAUUGGUGUGCAUGAUUUCAUUUGUUCCUUACAAUCAGCCCAGAUAGGGAAGCAGGAAGGGUACUAUUGCUCCCAGCGAGUGGUUUGCCCCAAACAGGGCUAGGUCUCAUUCUCAGGACUAUCUGAAGUGAUGUCAUUCUUAUAUGUCCUUAUACUGCCUGGUGCUGUUCUUGGGCUUGUGGCCUGACUGGCAACUGGUAGCACCAAGGUUUCCAUGGUGCCCACUUCAGCAGAAUGAGAGCAACAUUCCACCUUUAUGCCAUUACUACAUGCCUUGGAUAUCACCUGCCUCUUCUCUUGUGCUAACGACCCUUAUUCCCACACUCUUCACCCUGGAUGCUCUCACUUGGAGACCAAUUCUUCUACACCCCUUCUUCUCUCAUAUUAAGGCCAGAAGAAUGAUGACCUACAACAUCAUAACCAAAGCCAGUUAGGGGGAAAGACCCUGGUCCAUACCUGAAGCCAUUGCAUGUGAGAGUGUGUGGCCUACUGUGGUGUGCCCAGCAAAACCUGAGCCUGAGCCAUACUGCACUGUUAUCCCAGUGCAUGAGGACACCAGGUUUUCUGAUUGGCUGAGACUAAAAUUUUAAUGGGUGCAGGAAAGUACAUCUUUGAAAGUAUCUGUUACCUAAAGAUGCGACUUGUCUGGGUUAUUUUUAUUCCCUGUGAAGUAUCUACCUCCAUCUUCCAUGGUUAGGACCUGUAGUCCACACUGUAGUUCUGCAACAGAAAAAGGGCUCAGGGAAGAAAACUGGAGUUUUCAGGCUUCCAGAAGGAAAAAAAUCAAAGAUGAAGUCAUUUCCAUAUUUCUUCCUUUCUGCAGCAAUGCCCAGUCAUAGAAGCAAAGAGAAGUAGGCAGCACAAAAAUUGACCAGAUCCACACAGCCUAAAACUAUCAUAGCUUAUUCCCAAUCUAGAUAAGGCUGCUUCUUACAAGAUCCCACCUACAUGUUCACGGACUCCUGGCUCCAGAAGUAAAUAGUUCUGGAAAAUCUACAUGUCAUGUUUAAAUUCCUUUCCCAAUCUUUGCAGAUAAUCAGAGAGUCACUAGCUGUCAACUAGAAAACAGCUUGGUGUCUCUCUUCCUGUCUUUCCCACUUUCACCUGGGUAUGGAAUAGGAGAGAAGAAAUAUAAGUUUUUGUUUGGUACAAUCAGUGAAUUCCCUAAUCCCUCCAGACUUCAUUGCAACCCUGUCUCUCCCUCCCUAGGUACUGCACAGUCCACUGUAGCCCCUCGUUCAUAUACUCAGAGUCACUCUUCCAGCUGUGGCGAGGCUAUCCUGUGACAUGAUGCCUAGAGGGUCUAGAAGAAUGUUCUCCAGAACUUUUCCAGCCCUGUCCAACAGAAUUCUUGGGUGGGAACUUGGAGGCAUUGGAUGUUAUCUUUAAAUGAAGAGAUCAAAUUAAUAAAUUAUUUUUAAAAUUAGUGUUCAUAUUUAUUUAUUGAACACCUAUAAAGAGUAAACUUUGUGUAGAAAAGAAUAAAACCAGAAUGGCCUGAAAUUCGUGGAAAAGGUUA